GGAUAUUAGUAGCGCGCCAACUGCAGAACAGCGAAAACGUAACCCAAACGAUACCACUGGAUAUAUUGUAUCUAAGCCCCAAAUAUUUCGAUUUAAACACAACACAAUGAAGUGCUUCAUUUUGGCUGCCCUGUUGCUGGCCACAGCCGCCAGUGGCGAGAACAUCUUCAAGAUCAACAUCACGCCCGAGGAGGCGCAACAGUUUUUGAACAGCGCCCAGCUGCGUGGCAUCGGGGACAUCGAGUAUGCCCCAAAGACGGGGGAGAAUCCCCUGCCCGAGGCCAGGAAUGAGCAGGGACAGUUCGUGUACAUGGGCCGUGUGAUCGAGCAUCCCGAGGAGUAUGUGGAGGAGCACUACGACGCCCAUCAGUACCAUGGACAGGACGGCCUGGGACAGUUCGCGUACGGCUACAGGGACUGGAACCAGGGCAAGAACGAGAAGCGCGACGAGACCGGCAAGGUCACCGGAUCGUACAAGUACGUCCAGCCCCAUGGCCGUGACUUCAUUGCCACCUACUAUGCGGACAAGUCCGGCUUCCAUGUCGAGGACAAUCGUCCCGCCCAUCUGAAGCUGCCAGCCACCAAGACGCCGGCCGUCCUCAAGGCCGAGGAGGAGCACUUCCGACUCUGGGGAGAGCUGGCCGCCGCCGCUGGUCACAAUCCCGAUCCGUAUGCCGCCGAGUACCAGCAGGAGGGUAGCUACCAGCCCACGGAGGCCGAGACACGCGAGUACGUGCACGAGGAGCCCGCCUAUGUGCCCGGACCCGAGGAGACCGGCGAGCCCAAGGGCUUCUUCUACGCCUUCGACUACAACGUGCCCCUGCUGCGCAACAAGGAGGAGCGCGCCGAGCUGGAGCGCCUGAGAGCAGUCAACAACAAGGACGAGUAGGCCAAGACCCCGGGGUCCUUGGGUCGCCUUGUACAGGAAGUUCUGUAGGAAGUAGCAGCAGCAUUCAUCAAUCAGCAUAUAUCUCAGAUAUUAUCAGAUAUUAUUUAUUACCUCCUUUGAAAUAAAUCGCAGAUUAAACUACA